AUGUCGUAUGCAAUUGAGACCAAGAAGCGCAAGUUUGACCGCAUCCUCGAGGCCCUAACCGAUGGCGCCGCCUCUACUCCUCCCUCGGCUCCCGCCUCGCCCUCGCGCUCUUCGAUCAACGCCUCGACCACCUCAAUUUCUCUUUAUGCUGCCUCUGACUCCUCCAAGCGACGUCGCAUAACCCCCACCUCCAAAACCACCGCACCGUCCACCUCCCCGCCGGUCACGCUGAGCGGCCACUAUCUCCCAUCAAGCCGAGCUGCCUUUCUUCAACGACUGGAGACAUUUCGGCAUGUGACCCAAUGGCAUAUCCCAUCUACCGAUCCCAUCAACGCUGCAGCAUGGGCGAAAAGAGGCUGGACUUGCGUCGACACAGAUACAGUAGCAUGUGGUGUUUGCAAGGAGAGGCUGUACAUUGACCUGGAUGUCGACAAGGAGCUACUCAAGUCCUCGGAGAAGGAGGGCGACGAAGGUGCUGAUGAGGAAGCAGAUGCGGACGACGAAGACAGCUUCGCUAUCUCAUCCGAGAUUUACGACAACAUUGUCAAAAGAUACCAGGACAUGAUUGUCACCGCUCAUGCAGAAAGUUGUCUCUGGCGAAAGCGAGGGUGUGACGCAUCAAUUCAGCGCAUCGAAGGUCUCUUGAACACCACCUUGGCCCUUUCCGGACUCAGAACUCGCUACGACAGUCUUGCCAGUCACUUAGAUGAAAUACCCCAAGUGGAGCCUCUGCCUUUGGCCUCCGCUGCGAAUCCUCACGAGUUGGAUCGAUUCCGACUCGGUGGGCAAGAAAGACCUCACGUCGACACGCUUAGACUGGCAGUCUGUGGCUGGGCCAGGAAAUGUGACGAUGUCAUUGAAUGCCGUCACUGCUUCCGCUCACUGGGUCUCUGGUUAUAUCGCGGCGAAUCACCUGCGAUUGAGAAAUUGGAUGCCAUAGACAACCACUUGGAAUAUUGCCCCUGGCGGUCCGCCGAGGCUCAAGACACCGAAAUACAAACGGGGCACAGCAGGACCACUACGGGCGAGCAAAUUGCGCCGAAGAAAGAACGAGUGCCAGGUUGGGUCCUGGUGUAUCAAGCGAUUGCAAAGGACAACCGACAGAAAAGUGCAUCAGCCGGAACGCUGUCAACUGCAGCCUCCGAGACCUUCUUGAGCGAAAAUGCCAGCGAAUCCACGACGCCCGAACAGCGUGAGAAGAGAAUGAAAGACUUACUACGGAGGAUCAAGGAGAUUAAGAAACCGUUCAACGUCAAAGCCCUCCUAAAGCGCAAGGACAAACCCAAGGCUUAA